CACCUUGCUCUUGGUCUUGAAAAUCACAUAUCUGCGCUGUUGUUUUUUCUUGUCAGAAUUUCUGUGAUUCCCUGUAAAAUCUGAUCAUCUCGGAAGUGUUUCCUCCCUACUAUAAUUGCCAUGAACAUAAUGAGAAACAAAUUGGGCAGUUUUCUCCUGCUAAUUAUCGGCGGAAUAGGGCAACUGUCAUCAUCAUUGCCAUAUUCUCUCCCGAUCAACGAGGACAAAUCGAUAUCCGGGUCGUACCGAUUUCGUUUACCAAGUCACACAGCUCCGAUAUUGUACACCCUCAAUAUAGACCCUCACAUCGACGAAAAAAAAUUUACUUUUGAUGGUACCAGCGCCAUUAUAUUCGAAGUCCUGUCACCAACAUCUGCUGUAACUCUACAUACGUCAUCAUUACUUGAAAUUGACGAGCAGUUCACGUCACUCGUCCACAUCGACGGAACGAUUGAGAAACCCAUUUCUCAAAAGACCGACACAGAUCUAGAGUUCUUCACUAUUUUAUUCGAUCACAUCCUAGACAUAGGAGCUUACGAACUCAAUUUGAAAUGGACGGGAACACAAAGUGGAGAUCAUAUGGGCUUUUACCGAACAAUAGACUACACUAAUCCUAAUCACACUCGAUACGUUGCCACAACUAAAUUCCAACCGCUGGCAGCCAGACGUGCAUUUCCCUGCUGGGAUGAGCCAGCAUUUAAGGCUCAAUAUGACAUAUCUCUGAAGCAUUACGUGGACUACACAGCACUGUCCAAUAUGCCUGUUAAAACGCAAACGUUGGAGGAAGAUGGAAUGAUUUGGACGACUUUUCAGAGAUCGCCGAUGAUGUCAACGUAUCUGGUAGUUUUUGUAUUAGCGGAAUUCGAGAGUCGUUCCAAUGAUAAUGGCAAUCUAGCAUUGUGGGGACCACCAGAAAAAUUGCAUUAUGCAGCAGCUGUUGUGGAUGUUAUUCCUGAGAUUAUGCGUACCUUGGAAAGCUACACGGGAUUGGCUUAUAAUUUACCCAGACUAGAUGGUGUUAUAUUCAAUACGUACCCAUCAUUAGCCAUGGAACACUGGGGUCUUAUCAGUUAUUCUGAAAAUAUUUUAUAUGAUCCUGAGAUUGACCCGAUCUCGCACCGCGACGAUGCGUUUAAACUAGUUGCCCAUGAAAUUGCACAUCAGUGGAUGGGGAAUUUAGUAACUCCUGCAUGGUGGAAUGAUGUGUGGCUGAGUGAAUCUCUCGCUUCAUAUUUGUCGUAUGUCACUUUGGACGCGGUACGGCCCAAUUUGCACACUAUAGAUAAAUUCGUUGUUGACGGUUCUGCAUAUUAUUCAGGACCGCGGAAUAUACCGGUUAGAUGGAUGCCAAAUAGUCCGAAAGAACUUCCCAAACUAUUUUCAAAGCCCUACAUUAAAGGUGUGGCUAUAGUGCGGAUGUUAGAGCACAUGGUGACCAAAGAGGUAUUCCACAGUGGCAUCAAGAAUUAUCUCCGUAAUAAUCAAUUCGGCUCCGUAGUAACGGACAACCUAUGGGAAGCUCUGCAAGAGAGCUACAAUGAAAUACAACUACCGCAUCUCAAUAUCAAGGAAGUAAUGGAUCCGUGGUUGGACCAAAGUGGGUAUCCGAUGUUGGAUGUCACGAGAGAUUAUGAGACAGGCCUAAUUACGAUCACCCAAAUUAAUGCGGAAAAUUUUGACUCCGGCAAUAUGUGGACGAUUCCAAUAACCUAUGCAACAACUUCAAAACCAGAUUUUUCAGUGACACAACCAAAUCACUUCUUGCGAGAUGUAAAGAUGAGUUUCAUUCCUGAUGAGAUCAACAGCAACGACUGGAUCAUUCUGAAUCUUCAGCAAACUGGUUAUUAUCGGGUCAAUUAUGACUGGGAGAAUUGGAAACGUAUUGCUGCGUAUUUAAACACGGAGAAUUAUCAGAAAAUCCACGUACUUAAUCGUGCGCAAUUGUUGACGGACAUCGUUGAUCUAGCCGCAGAGGAUGAACAGUAUAACGAGUUAUUGAUCGACAUGAUUAUGUAUUUACGUCGAGAGACGAAUCCAUUACCAUGGAUAAGCGCAGAAAAAAUCCUAAAGAAGUUUUCAGACUGCCCAUUUCAACUAUAUAAAUCCGAUUUAUUCCAAAAAUUUGUAUUAUCUCUCAUGGAAAACGCGAUUAAUAAUUUUGGAUUGAAAGAUUCGGGGGAAUCUGAAGAUAGUCUGAUACAUAUGGCAAGGAUUAAACUGUUGCCAUGGGCCUGUGAAUUUGGUCAUGAAGGCUGCAAAGCUGUAGCUCCAGUGAUGUUGAGGGAUAUUUUGACUGGUCAAAUGAAUAAAUCAUUUAUUCGCGAGAACGCAAAAUGGAUUUACCGUACUGCUCUCACGUAUGCGAAUGAAUCGGUGUGGGACCAGAUGAUAAAUGUUCAUAUGGCGAGCCCGAGCGAGCACAAUGUGUUUCAAUACUUGGGAUAUUCCAAAAAUCUCACUCUAAUAAAGAAAUAUUUGCCAUUACUCUUCACCGAAGAAACUGGUCUCUCCUCUCUAGAUAUAAUCGAUGCAUUUGAUAGUCUGGCGAAGGGAUCAGCAGACAAUUAUAAUUUCGGUCUCGAGUAUCUUAUUAAGAACAUCGGGACAAUAAUCGAAAUUUUCGACAAAAACGAUGACGGGUUCAUGAUUGAGUGGUUGUGGGGAUUAUUCGCGAAUGAAGCUCAAACUCCGGAGCAGUGGAAAAAGCUAAUGAACUUCGUCGGGACACGAAGUUUCAAAGAACAAAUAGAUGCUGAAGAGUUCAUAGAAGAUUACGAAUACAGACAGUGCUUUGAGAAAUCUUCUGCGGUAUUGAAGGCCAUCAGCGAAAAAGUUGUUCUUUACAAAUUUUAUCUGCGGGAGAAGUUAUAA